CACAGGCGCACGGGGACCACCCGGCCAGCUGGCUAGCCAGCCUGCGGAGACUCCCCGGUUCGCUCGCCAGGCUGAGGCUGGGGGCUGCAGCCGGGGCUGACGGCCGGGUGCCUAGGGAGGCUCCGGGUGUGGCACAGAGAAGGAUGCGGCGGGCGGACUAGGUGGAGGUGCUCUCUGGAGGCUGGGCGCGGGCCAGGCGGCUCCCCAGGCUCCGCAGUGCCGCCGCCGUCGCCCGGGAGGCUGGGCGCGGGAGCCAUGUAACCCUGCGGCGGGCUCCGGGCAGCUCCGUCUUUCCCCAGCUCCCGGGCUAGCGCGGCAGCGGGGCCACGAUGAAGAAGCAGUUUAACCGUAUGCGCCAGUUGGCCAACCAGACGGUGGGCAGGGCAGAAAAGACUGAAGUUCUGAGCGAAGACCUUCUCCAGGUGGAGAAGCGCCUAGAGCUGGUGAAACAGGUGUCCCACAGCACACACAAGAAGCUCACCGCUUGUCUGCAGGGUCAGCAAGGAGCAGAGGCUGACAAGCGCUCAAAAAAGCUGCCUUUGACGACACUGGCCCAGUGCCUGAUGGAGGGGUCUGCGAUCCUGGGAGAUGACACACUUCUCGGGAAGAUGCUGAAGCUCUGUGGAGAGACGGAGGACGAGCUAGCUCAGGAGCUGAUCCACUUUGAGCUGCGAGUGGAGAGGGAUGUGAUCGAGCCCCUGUUCCUGCUGGCGGAGGUGGAGAUUCCAAAUAUUCAAAAGCAAAGGAAACAUUUAGCAAAGCUGGUGCUUGACAUGGAUUCUUCCCGGACCAGGUGGCAGCAGACUUCCAAGUCUUCAGGGCUUUCCAGCAGCCUUCAGCCUGCGGGUGCCAAAGCCGAUGCCCUCAGGGAGGAGAUGGAGGAAGCUGCCAAUAGAGUGGAGAUUUGCCGGGACCAGCUUUCCGCUGACAUGUACAGUUUUGUGGCCAAAGAAAUUGACUAUGCAAACUACUUUCAAACGCUAAUAGAAGUGCAAGCUGAGUACCACAGGAAGUCGCUGACACUGCUGCAGGCUGUGUUGCCUCAGAUCAAAGCACAGCAGGAGGCCUGGGUGGAGAAGCCUUCCUUUGGGAAGCCCCUGGAGGAGCACCUGAUGAUCAGCGGCCGUGAGAUCGCCUUCCCUAUCGAGGCGUGUGUGACGAUGCUGCUGGAGUGUGGGAUGCAGGAGGAGGGCCUCUUCCGGGUAGCCCCCUCAGCCUCCAAGCUGAAGAAGCUGAAAGCUGCCCUGGACUGCUGUGUGGUGGAUGUCCAGGAGUAUUCAGCAGACCCCCAUGCCAUAGCAGGGGCUUUGAAGUCUUAUCUCCGAGAGUUGCCAGAGCCUCUUAUGACCUUUGAACUCUAUGAUGAAUGGAUCCAGGCUUCUAAUAUCCAGGAGCAAGACAAGAGACUUCAGGCUCUCUGGAAUGCUUGUGAGAAGUUGCCCAAGGCCAACCACAACAACAUCCGAUACUUGAUCAAAUUUUUAUCAAAACUGUCUGAAUAUCAGGAUGUAAACAAGAUGACUCCCAGUAACAUGGCAAUCGUCCUGGGACCCAACCUCCUUUGGCCACAGUCAGAGGGGAACAUCACCGAGAUGAUGACCACAGUUUCCCUGCAGAUCGUUGGCAUCAUUGAGCCUAUUAUUCAGCAUGCAGACUGGUUCUUCCCUGGGGAGAUAGAGUUCAACAUCACAGGCAGUUAUGGGAGUCCGGUCCACGUGAACCACAAUGCCAACUAUAGCUCAAUGCCCUCCCCAGACAUGGACCCUGCUGACCGGCGCCAGCCAGAGCAGGCCCGCCGGCCCCUCAGUGUUGCCACAGACAACAUGAUGCUGGAGUUUUACAAGAAGGAUGGCAUGGGUGUGAGGGUCAUGGACACAUCUUGGGUGGCACGAAGAGGCUCCUCUGCUGGUCGGAAAGCAGCCUGCGCCCCGCCUUCCAUGCAGCCUCCUGCCCCACCCUCCGAGCUGGCUGCGCCCCUGCCUUCACCCCUGCCGGAGCAGGUCCCAGACAGCCCCGCCACUCCAGCUCCUGCGCUCUCUCCGUCAGGUGCCAGCCUGCAGCCCACCCCCGAGCGCCCCAGUGUGUCUAAAAGCAAGGAACUGUCACCAGGGUCUGGGCAGAAAGGAAGUCCAGGUUCCAUCCAGGGGACAACCUGCCCAGGGACGCAACUGGGGCCACAGCCGGCUGCCAGCCCCAGCCAGCUUCCUGCAGACCAGAGUCCGCAUACCCUCCGGAAAGUUUCAAAGAAGUUGGCACCAAUUCCUCCCAAGGUCCCCUUUGUGCAGCCAGGGACUGUUUCUGAUCAGCCCACUGGCCAGCCAUCCCCAGUCAGCCUGUCUCCUACUCCACCAAGCACCCCAUCACCCUAUGGACUGAGCUACCCUCCGGGGUACUCCAUGGCCUCUGGCCAGCUUUCUCCUGCCUCAGCUCCUCCCCUGGCCUCCCCCUCUGUCUUUACAAGCACUUUAGCCAAAUCUCGGCCCACCCCUAAGCCCCGACAGAGGCCCACCCUACCGCCUCCUCAGCCUCCCAGUGUCAGCCUGUCGGCUUCAAGUCCACAGUCCACAGAGCACCCCAUGUUAGACGGCAUGUCGCCGGGGGAAAGCAUGUCUACAGAUCUUGUCCACUUUGAUGUCCCCUCCAUCCACAUAGAGCUGGGGUCAACGCUCCGCCUGAGCCCCCUGGAACAUGCACGGCGGCACUCAGUGACUGACAAGAGGGACUCAGAAGAGGAGUCUGAGAGUACAGCCCUUUGAUGUGACGCACCCCAACAUGUGUGCAUACAUCCAUGGCCCCCCCUAACACGUGUGCAUACAUCCAUGGCCCCCCAACACAUGUGCAUACAUCCAUGGGCCCAGACACCACCCAGGGCAGCGCCUCCUAGCCUGCCAAGGAUUUUCCAUCAGCCCUUUGCUAUCAUGCCCAACACCAGGGUGGAGUUGGGUAGAGGAAGAGCUCUCCUGUCCAUGUGGCCAGUGUUGGUGGUGCAGAUUCUGUUUGUUCAUUUUGGGUGAUGAAUUCCAGCCUUUUUUUUGACCUUUGCCUUUUGACUUUGUGCCUAUCUUGAUCCCUCUUUGGCCUCUAUGGCAAGCAGCAUCCACCUCUCCAUUCAAGGGCUUGUCAGAAUGGCCUUUGCAGGAUGAGGGUACAAGAGAGUCCCCUUACUGCCUCGACUGGGACAUCAGGUCCUGCAGCAUCACCAUAACAGCCAGAGGGGAAGCAAGACAGGAAGAGACCCUUUUACUAGGGCAAGAGAUGUCCUGAUCAUUGUCUGUCCUCUGCCUGCUGCCAGGGUCCCAGCCAACCAGAAAGACCAUUCAGGCUACCCUUAAUCACAGCUCCCAAGUAAACGCUUAAUACACCUACUUCUGACAGCUUUACUUCCUCUGUGCGAUGAAGGCUUCCUUUAGUCCAUGCUGACAAUCUAAAUUGAGGAUUUGAACAUAGAUGGCCCUACAUAGGUCUCCGUGUUCCCCAAACACAUUAGGUAUCCUAGAGCACUUUCCCAUCAGGCACCCACCUCGGUAGGUGUGUGGGGCCUGGCACUCCUCUUCUGGAGGUUCCAGCUCACUAGCAAUAAUUCUGUUUCCCAAGGCAGGUAGAGGGGGUGGUCCGAGGCCCACAGCGUGGCCUGCGUUGCUAACCAGCAGACCCUGCUCAUCCUUCUCACCAUGUCCCAUGCAGCCCUGGAGCAAGGGCGCAGGAAGCCUGUUCACACUUUGGGAUUAAGGGAAUAGAACAAAUCUGGGCCAUGCAUGCAGUCAAAGUUUAAAGUUUGUUCUUCUGAAAAUAGAUAUACCUAUACAUGAUAUAUUUGUAUAUAUGAAAUCUAUAUUUGUUUAAUUUGAGCCAUUCAAUCUAAACCUAUGUACAGGUGUACAAUGAAAAAUUCUAAAUGCUUAGUUAUUUUUCCCAGCAGCGUGAACUCACCCUUCUCCGAGAGUGGGAUCUGCAGACUUGAAGUUACAGCUUUGCUCACUUCCUGGCAAGGGCAGUCCACUCCCCAAGUCUGUAACAGAGCCUGGGGGUUGAAGGUUGUCUUUACAUAUAUGUACAAACUGUUGUCAAGAGCAAUGUUAUUAAAAUAGAUUUAUUAACCCUGA